AUGCAAACUGAACACCUUUCUUUCGUUCUGGUUUUCAACCAAGAAUCUACUGUUGCAGCAUUAGCAGUAGAAGUCUUUAAUUCACCUUUGUCAACAUGUCGUCAAGGAGUAUUAAAGCAAGCACAAACAGCUGCCAGCCUAUGGGAUGCAUACUCAGGCCUGUUAAGUAAUCAAGCCAUGAUCCUGGCCAUGAACUCCAGCUUCGUGGAUCCCUUAUUGCAAUAUGAAACUCAACUGAAGAUAGUAGAGUUGUCCUUUAAAAUGGCAUUUGCUAUACCAAGUCUUGACAAAGUGAAAGAAAUUGGGAAGAAUGAGGAUGACCAAGAGGACCUGGAGAAUUUAUACCGAACUAUUUUAAACAUAUUUGAGGACACUCUUCUGAUCUUAGUGUCUAAAGACCUCUACAAACUGCAAAUCUUAAAGGAAAUGGCUGUGUGGAUGAGUGAAGAUAAUUUGUACAUGCAGGAGAGAGCCAUGGUGAUCAUCAGCAGAGUGCUAAGCUUUGCAUCCAGGAAAGUCAAGGGAUAUACAAGUGUUGAUGUUCCAUGUUUGGGUGUCCUGGCAGCAGAACUGUCUCUUUUGUGUUCCCAUGCUGAUCCCUCAAUCACACAACAAGCAUCCUUGGGAAUGUAUCACCUCCUCUGCAUUGCAAAGUGUCAGAAUGCGGAUAUUGCAAAAAAUAUAAGUACAAAGUAUGAUAAGCCUGGAAGUCAUUGCUUCCUGCCUUCUCCCUCUGAUAUAGAAUUUCUACCCAAGAUCUUGCAAAGAGACAAAAGCAAAAUUGCCCAGAGUGUAGGACAAACCUUAUUGCCACGCUUGCUGACUGACUUUGUGUGGAGUCUCCUGAUGAGACUCUCUGCACCUGACCAAACAACUGCAUCCGAGGCAGCAACCAUACUGAAACUGACACUGGAAUAUUAUGCCCAUAAGAUCACCAUGGUGUCUAAAAUUGUGGAUGUUAUUUAUAAGCAAUUGUGUGGAAAUGCUUCUCCCAUUUCGAAGCAAGCUAUGUUGAGGGUCAUUACCUUGUUGACACGUACUUCACCAAAGAAGGUCAUCUUUCAACUUAUGGACUACCCAGUCCCAGCAGACAACACUUUGAUGCUGAUGUGGCAGGCGGCUGGUUCUGAGUCAAGUGUGGCUCCACUUGUGCUGAAGACAAUCUUGUUGAUACUGAAAGGAAAGCCUGGGGCAAUGGAAGAAAGAAUAACGGAAAGAAGACAUUUCUCUCUUGACACUACCAAUAUGAUGCCCGUGGCGGCAUCCCAGGCCCUGUGCACAUUGCUGCCUAUUGGUUCUUACAAGAAAGCGGUGGCCCAGCUUUUCCCCCAGCUCUUGAUGGCCCUCAUGCUUCAACUCUUUUACGCCAGCAACCUGAGACUGAUGACAGAGGACAGGACUUUCUAUGCUCGAGAUGCACUGAGAGUUCUGCUGAAUUGUUCUGGACUGCAACAAGUGGAUAUUGCUCUAAAGAGAAAGAAUUGCUGGAACCAGUUUUCCCAAGCACUGUUUUACCAUCAUGGAGUCUACCUUGUUGCCAAAACUCUCAGUGACUAUAACUUUCCACAGUUUCCAGACACCUUGCAUUAUCUCUACAAGCUCUCAGUGGAAGGUCCUAGAAGGUCAGAAGACAACGUCAUCACAAUAAUAUUCCUCACUGAACUUCUCAAUAAUUUCUUCAAGGACCCAUUCCCAGAAGAAUUUUUGGUUCUCUUCAGAAACUGGGUCAAUGACUCUGAUCCUGCAGUUAGCAAACUGAGCCUUCAGAAAAUUGCCAGCAUGGCACCAGUUAUCAAUGAGAUAGAAAAUGUCUGCAGCUUAUUACUAUCCAUCUUGGAUGCCUUCCUUUCCCAAGACAAGACUGUUGUAAUUCGGGCCUUGAUGACCCUUCGAAGACUUUUAGGCAAACUGGACAAAGUGACCUACUCCUCCCUGUGUACCAGAAUUGCUUGCAGCUACUGUCCUCUGAUGGAUCAUAGUAAUGGAGGCAUUCGGAGUAUGGCCAUUCGACACUUUGGUGAGUUACUCAGGGACAUGAGUCAGUGCACAUGGAUGCUGAAUGAUGUGAUUUUCGGAGGCUUGGUGCCUCUGAUUCUGUUUCUGGAAGAUACAGAGGCAAGAGUAGUUAAAGCAUGUAAACAUACAUUAGAAAUCUGUGCCUCAGAAUUAAAAUGGUCAACAUCAUAUUUGCUCAAGGAUGAACAUUACAGUUUUGAGCUGGUAGUGCUCAACAUCUGUAACAAUCUUCUUAUUUCUCAUCAGAAAUAUAUUACAGAUUUGAUAUCUGAUACCUUAGGAUUCCUGAGGAGUUCCAGAACAUAUCUGAGAAGAGGAUCAGUUAUUUUAAUAGGGUACUUGGCAAAAUUGGGUGGCCAUUUACUGCUCAGAGAUGAAAUUGAAGUCAUGCUUGAGGCUAUUGACCGAGUGCUUUGGGAUGAAGAUCCUGUGAUCAGGGAGUUUGCAGAAAUAACAAACAAAAUGUUUAUGGAAAUAGCUCAUAGAUUGACCUCCUCAAAUAUUAAACAAAGCUUCCGAAGACUAUUUAACUUAAUCUACAUCAAAAAAUUGAAGCCUCUUUAUAAUUAUAACCUUCCCAAGGACCUGACAGGCAGUCCUAUGGGGAUUAAAGAAACCAAGAAUGAUAGGGAAGCCAUUAUAGACAAUAAUUAUGAAGACGUAUUGGUAAAGAACGAAGAUGUAUUGGUAAAGAAUGCAAGGUUCACGAGUGCCUUGGAGCACACCUCAGAAGAGGAGUGAUUUUCCUUUCCCUCUUGAUAACUUGAGUCUGUUUGUAGAUGCUUUUCAGAAGGACACUAGAAGCCUUUACUGUCUCUUCUUGAUUCUCUACUCAAAUAUAGAAAUGUGUUGCCUCUCUCUGACAGUGAUUAGAAGACUUACUUCAUCAAAGCAACUAACAAAAUUGAAAAAAACAUAUAAGCAAAGUGUUUGAUGAGAAACUCUUGGAGCUUGAUGUAAUCAAUACAUACCUACUGAACAUCUUCUAAGUGCCAGACACUAUGCUAGAUAGUGAGGAUAUUUGGACGAUGUAAACAAGGUUCCCAUCCUCAGGAAGGCCACAGUCUAGUGACACACAGUGUGGUUAUUUACACCCUGCUCUGAUGAAUGCUGCCUAGGGCAGUAUUUACAAAGGAAGAAAUGGAGCCUGCAGGGGAAGAGGAUUUAGAGCAGGCAAACUAUUCCAGGUAGAGACACUGAGGCAAGAAGAGUGUUGGGGGAAGCUGGAGAGUUUGUUGUGGGUACAGGUGGUUAAGGAAAGAAUAGGGAGAGCUGAGACCUGAGGGUAAGAUUGUGCUGUGUCAAUGGUUUUAAACUGUUUGAAAUGAAUAUUGGAGAGUCAACAUAGUUAGUGGUUCCCAUGGCCAUCAGGAUCCAGUUUAACACUUUGUCCUGGUUUAUAAGAAAGUUGAUAUAUAAAUGUUGAACUGCAGUGAUCUUGCUUGACUUAAGGCUCCAGGCUCAUCUUUCACUCAUCUCACCUUACCUUCCUCCCUCCCCUGCAUCCCACCCUAGCAUAAACCACUUCAGCCACA